AUGCUCUACACGUGGCUGCUGUGCAAUGCCCAAGGCGAGUCCGGCAUUCCGGCAAUCCAGCUACGUCUGGUUGGAGAAAAGCGAAAGAAACAUGAGGGCCGAGUGGAAGUUCUCUACAAAGGCGAGUGGGGAACAGUCUGCGAUGAUGACUUUUCCAUCUACGCCGCCCAGGUGGUUUGCAGGGAACUCGGCUUUGUGGACGCUGUGUCAUGGUCGCCCUCGGCCAAGUACGGCAGGGGACAUGGCCGCAUCUGGCUAGACAAUGUGGAUUGUAACGGGAGAGAGAAGAGCCUCGCCGAGUGUCGGUCCAACGGCUUCGGAGUGACCGAUUGCAAACAUUCAGAAGACGUUGGAGUGGUGUGCUCCCAACAACGCAUUCCAGGCUUCAAGUUUAUGCGGACUCCGGCCAACGGCGAGGAGGGUUUGCCAGUUAAUGUGGAGGAUGUUCGGAUAAGGGCCACAUAUUCUCACAGAAAAAGAGUACCCAUCACCGAGGGAUUUUUGGAAGUGAAAGACAAUGGCAAGUGGAGACAGAUUUGCAACACAGCCUGGACGGAAAUGAACAGUAGAGUCAUCUGUGGCAUGUACGGCUUUCCUGCGGACAAGCGCUUCAACAACAAGCCCUACAAAUUGCUAGCAAAGCGACGCAAGAAGAACUACUGGGGUUUCUCCGUGAAUUGCACUGGCAAUGAGGCCGACUUGUCUGAUUGCAAACUGGGUGGGGAGAUCGAGUUGCAGGGUAAUGACACGUGUGAGCAAGGCAUGCCCGUUGUGGUCAGCUGUGUUCCUGGACGUACCUUCGCUCCCAGCCUCAGCACAGGCUUCAGCAAGGCAUACAGAAUGGAGCAACCCCUCGUGCGAUUAAGAGGUGGAGCCAUGACAGGAGAGGGCCGUGUGGAAGUGUUGAGAAACGGCGAGUGGGGCACAGUGUGUGACGACAACUGGAACAUUCAAGCUGCCACCGUGGUUUGUCGAGAACUGGGCUUCGGCAGCGCCAAAGAGGCCUUGACCAGUGCCAGUAUGGGACAAGGCAUCGGGCCAGUGCACAUGAACGAAGUGGAAUGUUCUGGUUUUGAGAAAUCUCUGACGGAGUGUCACUUCAACCGGGAUUCACUAGGCUGCAGCCACGAGGAAGACGUCGCUGUCAAGUGUAACGUUCCUGCUAUGGGCUUUAAGAACCGACUUCGGUUGUCCGGCGGACGUAAUCCCCAUGAGGGUCGCGUGGAGGUUCUUACGGAGAAGAACGGCUCUCUGGUUUGGGGAGCAGUGUGCAGUGACAGCUGGGGCACGAUGGAGGCCAUGGUGGUGUGCAGACAGCUGGGAUUGGGAUUUGCCAGUCACGCUUUCCAGGAAACGUGGUACUGGCAAAGCGAUGCAACAGCUGAUACUAUUGUGAUGAGUGGAGUUAGAUGUUCAGGAACUGAGCUGACUCUGGAUCAGUGCCUACAUCAUGGGAAACACAUUCAAUGCCCUAAAGGGGGUGGACGUUUUGCUGCUGGAGUUGCCUGCACUCUGACGGCCCCUGACCUGGUCCUUAACGCCCAAGCAGUGGAGCAGACUGCAUACCUAGAAGACAGACCUAUGUACGCCUUGCAGUGUGCCCAGGAGGAGAAGUGUCUGUCCAGCAGUGCCGACAACGCUGACCCAAAUUCUUACCGCCGACUGCUGCGCUUCUCCUCCCAGAUACAUAACAAUGGCCAGUCAGACUUUAGGCCAAAGGCUGGGCAUCAAUCCUGGACCUGGCAUGAAUGCCACAGGCAUUUCCACAGUAUGGAGGUGUUCACCCACUAUGACUUGAUGAAUUUGAAUGGAACCAAAGUGGCAGAGGGUCACAAAGCCAGCUUCUGUCUGGAGGACACUCGUUGCGAAGAAGGCAUUGAGAAGAAAUAUGAAUGUGCCAACUUUGGCGCUCAGGGCAUCACAGUGGGCUGUUCAGAUACCUACAGACAUGACAUUGACUGCCAGUGGAUCGACAUCACAGAUGUUCCUCCUGGCGACUACAUCCUCCAGGUUGUGAUAAACCCAAACUAUGAGGUUGCAGAAUCCGACUACACCAACAACAUAAUGAAGUGCCGCAGCCGCUUUGAUGGAAAUCGUGUCUGGAUGUACAACUGUCAAAUAGGUGGCUCGCGCAGCUCAGAAACAGACGACUCAUUUCCUGGAUUGCUGACCAAUCAACUUUCGCACAGGUAG